UAAAAAGUCAACUCAUCCUUCAUCUAUCCAUGAGCAUGCUCUAAUAAAAGAAAGAAAAGAAGAAAACAAGUGCACAAGUGCACCAAACAGCAUUUUUAUUUUAAAUUUUUCUUGUGCAAUGGGAACUGAGGCUAAAGACCGCAAUACAUUGUAUUUACGUUUGCCCAUUAAAAUCACAGACCAACAUCAAAUUUUGGAAUUGCACCCUAAAAUAUCCGUUGUCCAUUUACCAAGACAGAAAUCGCGUCGUUGGUGUACCCUAGACUUCGCCACCAAAGCCGAUUUAGAAGAAGUUCGCGAAGCCCUUAAAAAGGUCAAAAUAAACGGAAAAUCCAUCGUUUUGAAACCAUUGAAAUUGAAAAUUCAAAAGAUAGAGAAACGAACUAUUGGCAUAAUGAAGCAGUUUCUGGGAAGUCCGUGGGAGGAAUUUGAAGCAGGAGAUGAGCUUGAUGAUUUAACUGAAGGUAUACAGGCAAAUUUUGAAACAGCGAUUCUGCCUUUGGAUCCUAAUUUCGAUAUUGAGGUGUUAUCCAAUCCCCCUGGCUAUGAAACAGACGACGACGACGAUCUUGAUAACAGCAAUCUCGACAACAACUUUGACGAUGUUUGUGAUGAUAUCGAUGAUGAUAGCUCAGAGGGCUCCUCUUAUCAUCCUGAUCAAGAUUAUGAUGAGGCUAUGGAAGCUGAUGACUUAAUCUUUGGGGUAGAUGAAGAUGAAACUGAUUCUGAUGAUGAUGAUGUAAUGCUGUCAAAUCAUAUAGAUGAGGGAGAAGUGAGUCCUUACGGAAUAUUGGAUUCUCCCGUAGCCGCGGAUGCUUCUAUAUCAUCAAACUCAGAUUCAGAUUGGUCUAAUUUAGAUUUAUAAUAUAGUUAAGUUUUUUUUUAUGUGCAUAGGUACAUAAACUUGAAUCUAUUUUUUUUUUUGUACAAAUUCUAAAUGUACAUAUUUAUCUAAAAAUCUAAUUAGGCAAGUAAUUUAGUUAAAUGUUUUCGGGUUAUUAUAUAUUAUAAUAUUAUGUAAGUUUUCCCAGGGAGCGCCUGUUUUGAUUUUCGUUUAUGCCAAUAGUAAUUUUGUUUGUGCAUAUUAUGUAGGUUUAAUUUUUUUUUAACAUUAAAAAAAAUGGGUUACUUAAGA